AGACUGUUUGGACACAGAUCCAGCUCUGGUCUCUGAAUGUUCAUGGAUGAAUGUUGGGAACACGGUGUUUUAGGAUCAGAACAGACUGAACCCACUCACUGGUGCGCGCGCGCGUGCCUGCGCGUGCGUUUGUGUAUGCGUGAAGACGGAAGUGAAAGGCGGACUUCCCUCUGAUGAUAAUUCAUCCUCUGAUAGAAACAGUCUGAGGACUACGGCUCCAACGCUGCAGACAUGUCUACCGCCUAUAAAAACAGGAUACAGGAAUUCAAAGUAGCCUUGAGUGAAGAAAACAUAAACCUGAAGACACUAAGAGAGCUCUGCUUCAAUGGAAUCCCGUUUGAAGGAGGAAUACGAUCACUUUGCUGGAAAAUCCUUCUUAAUUAUCUACCUCUCGACCAGACGCUAUGGGAGUCUUACCUCAAGAAGCAGAGGGAGGUUUACUCUCAGUUUCUAAAAGAAAUGAUCAUCCAGCCAGGUAUCGCCAAAGCCAACCUGGGCCUGUCCAGAGAGGACGUGACGAUGGAGGAUCAUCCUCUAAAUCCGAAUCCAGACAGCCGGUGGAACACCUACUUCAAAGAUAACGAAAUCCUGCUGCAGAUAGACAAGGAUGUGAGGCGUUUGUACCCAGACAUGGCGUUCUUCCAGCGCCCCACAGAAUACCCCUGCCAGCUGAUCCUGGAUCCUCAGAACGAUUACGAGACGCUGCGUCGACGAGUCGAACAAACCACGCUCAAAGCUCAAACUGUGAACCGCAACCGCAGCGGCGUCACGAAUGUCAGCUCUCCUGGGAAGGCAUUGAAUCUGUACCCCUCUAAUGAGUACGAGGUUCUGCCCAGUGGGAGUGAAGCUCACUGGGAGGUGGUCGAGCGAAUCCUCUUCAUCUACGCCAAACUGAACCCGGGCAUCGCCUACGUCCAGGGCAUGAAUGAGAUCGUGGGGCCCAUUUACUACACGUUCGCCACGGAUCCUAACAACCAGUGGAAAGAGCACGCCGAAGCAGACACGUUCUUCUGCUUCACCAACCUGAUGUCAGAAAACCGAGACAACUUCAUCAAGAGUCUGGACGACUCUCAGUGCGGCAUCACGUACAAGAUGGAGAGCGUUUACUCCAUGCUCAAAGACAAAGACCUGGAGCUGUAUCUGAAGCUGGAAGAGCAGAAGAUCAAACCGCAGUACUUCACCUUCCGCUGGCUGACCUUGUUGUUAUCUCAGGAGUUCCUCCUGCCAGAUGUCAUCCGGAUCUGGGACACCCUGUUCUCGGACCAGGACCGUUUCCACUUCCUCAUCCUGGUCUGCUGUGCCAUGCUGGUACUCAUCAAAGACAGCAUCAUGGCCGGAGAUUUCACCGUCAAUAUGAGAUUACUACAGGACUACCCCAUCUCAGACGUGCACACCAUCCUGAUGAAGGCCAAAGAGCUGCAGGAUAACUCGUAACCUGCUUUGCCAUCUCCUCCUGCCCUCUCUCUGCAGACGCGGUAGGUGGAAGCUAAAAACAUUAAGAACAGUCAUGAACAGUCAAACAUGUAAACGUUGGAGGAGUUUAUCAUGAAGAGCCUGGACAGAAACCCAGCGUCCUGCUGUAAAACUCAGUGUUCCAUCAUGGAGGACCGCCGUGAAACCUUCGAGGAAUGGUCAGAGUAUUCCCUCCUUAGAGCCAGGAGGAGGUGCCGCUCGCUUCCUGGUGCAUUAUGGGAAAAACGCCAGACUUGUUGAGCUCAGAUGUUAACGUUUGCACUGAGCAUCAGAGGAAAGCAAGCCACGUUAGUCCAACACUACAGAUCUCAGCAGGAAGGCUGGAAAAGGCUCCAAAUCCUUCUGGGACCAGGUCUAAAGUCUGAAUGAAGAAACUGGGUUGAGCAAUAGUGCAUGUUUAUUCUUUAAGUUUUUUAAUCUCUAGAAGUUGAAUGUUUUUAUGGUGAGAAACAUGUAUGCCUUAUCUGUUUAAUGAACGCGGAGACGGUGUUUCUGUCUGGAUCAAAUAAAUAUGAAGUGACAGGCCUCGCCUGGUCAGUAUUGUAGAAGUAACCUUUGUCCUGUAACCGAUGUUCAUGAAGCUCCAUUGAAAUCAGUUUAACUUUAAUUUAACAGAAUCAUAUUUCAGAGCUAUCAGAGGAAACUGUGCUGCUGCUCACACCGGACAUUCCUGCUUUAUUAGAGAUAACACGGCUCUUUUCUAAUUGAAGGCCCGGGCGUUUCCUAUGUUCCAGUACUGUCAUCACAGAUUACUGAGGUUUAUAAACAGAAUUCUGGACAUGGAGCUGCCAGGGUCUUCUCUGUGAUCUGCUGCUCAUCAGUCCUGUGUCUGCAGGACAGUGGUCCUCAAAUCCCCGUCAUGACUGAAAUGAAAAGUGAUGGUGACAUCUGACUCCGUGGUGGGAGGCUGUAGUAACAACCACUUAGUCACCACGCUGCAGUCAGCCUUCAGUUCUGCUGUUCUCUCCCCCUCCCUCUGCUGUGAUGGUGGCUUUUACUCCGGCUCAAUAAAUGCCAUCAGCUCGCUGACACGGCGCUUGAACUGAGGGAGCACUCUUACUAGAUAGUCCAUACUUUCCAAAAGGAGAAAUGUGCCGUGUGCUCUUGUUGCAUGGUGAACUCCAGGUAAAAACCCGGUGCUCUGGAAGAGUGAAGCGUAAAUUGUUGAAAAAUGGAGAAGGCACCAGGGCUUUAGGCCCACUGGCUCGAGUCCAGUGUUUAUUUCAUCAACAAAACCUAGACUAAGACGAACAAAAAUAGAUCUGUGAUGACUGAAACUAGACUAAAAUGUAAUGUAGUUUUCGUCUGACAUUCUAAAUCCGUGAUAUUUCUCCACUGUGGGUAAAUCUGUCAAAAACAAU